CAACAUUUAGAUUUACAUACUCGUUCAUUCCUAACAACAUCUCCAUAGUAGCCUGAAGUCAUGUCUGAAAUAUCAGCAUCCAUCGAAGAGACCAAUGCGAUGCGUGCAAGGCUGGGUCUUGCGCCUCUUAAAGAAGGCCGAGACACAAGUAGCAGCAAAAUUGCAGAAGAUAAUUUGAAACGACAGCGUGAAGAAGAGGCGAGGAAGGCGCGCGACGAAGAGGUCAAAAGCAGGAUCGCAAAGUCACGAAACAAAAGGGAACUUAACAAAGCUAGAGUAGGAAAGGGACUUGGCGAAGCCAGCGAUGAAGAUGUGGAUGAUGUUUACAAAUGGACUAUGAAAUCUAGAAGCAAGGAAAAAGAACGACAGGCUGCAGAGGCUGCCAGACGUGAAAAGGAACUUCAGGAAUUAGAUGAGGCUUAUCAAGCAGAAUAUGGAGAAGAUCAACUUGCGGGACUUCGUGUUGGCCAUGAUAUAGCAGAUUUUCAAGAAGGAGAAGAGCGUAUUUUGACACUUAAGGACAGCACUAUUCUCGGGAAUGAGGAAGAAGGCGACGAGCUGAUCAACAUUCAGCUGAGCGAACGGCAAAGGCUUGAGAAGAAUCAGGAAAACAAAAAGAAAGUUAAGCAGCCUGUAUAUUCUGGAUACGACGACGACGAAUUUACACUCGGGAAAAAGAAGAGUAUUUUAUCUCAAUAUGAUGAAGUCUUAGGGCUAGAAGCAGGGCACGAGACCUUUGUCCUUGGGGAGACCAAUCGGUUAAAGCGUGGUGGAGGACAAGAUGGAUCAGGCUCACAUUCUGUUCAAGGAGGAUUUAGCACCAAAGACAAAAUGAGUCAGAAGCUGAAAGAAGCAGCGAUUGCAUUGACCUAUAACAAAACCCUGCAAGCGCAAGACUACUAUACCAAAGAGGAGGCGGAGGUUACAUUUAAGAAAUCAAAAAAGAAGAAGAAAUCGAGAUCCAGAAAACCCGAUAGCUGGGAAGAAGAUGGAAAUCAAGAAGAAAGUGCAAUGGAGGUAGAAAGACCGGAACCUACCGACAUUUCCGAGCUCAACUUUGUAGAUGAUGAGGAUCUCCAAGCUUCACUUGCAAAGGCACGUCGACUCGCAACCAAGAAGGCUGUAAAAACGUUAACACCGGAACAAAUUGCCAAAAACCUUGCAGAAAGUAAGGCGAUGGAAGUGGAAGAGGAUCUCACUCAGAAAGGCGGAUUAAUCAUUUCGGAUGUAUCAGAGUUUGUGUCAAAUCUUUCAUCUUCCGCAAUUCAUAUCCCUUCUUCACGGGCAAAGGGAAAAGAACAAAGCUCUGAAGCAGCAGGCACUUCGACAUCCACAUCUAUAAAUGUUUCCAAAGAGGACACCGACAUGGAAAAUGCUAAAGAUGCUGAGGAAGAAAACGAAACCCAUGAUCUCAAAUCCAGAACUCGGGCAGAGUCAGAAGCAGCUGAGGAUCAAGAUGUAGACAUGAAUGAAUCUAAAUCGGAGGAGCACAAACCGACAGAUAAUCCUCUUGAAGAUGAACCAUUAGUUAGUAGAGGAUUGGGAUCAACUCUUGCCUUGCUAAAGCAAAAAGGCGCAUACAAAGUAGGGUCAGCAGAGCAGGAGGAAAGAGCCAGAAUUCAGGCUGAAAGAGCCAAUUGGCUUGCCGAGGCCAGGCUCAGAGAGGCAAAACUGGCAAGAGAAUUGGCUAGAGAGAAGGAGCGUGAAAAGGAGAAAUCUAGAGACAAAAAUUAUUCCAUUAGAGACCGUGAGAAGGAUCGCGAAUAUGAGAACCAGAGGCGGGAGCAGAUGCUUAUGGACGAACGUGAAGCCCGAAUGAAGAACUACAAGCCUGAUAUCAAGUUGGAAUACAUCGAUGAAAGCGGCAACCGCCUUAGUACGAAGGAAGCCUUCCGUCAAUUAAGCCAUGCUUUUCAUGGGAAGACAUCAGGCAAGAUGAAAACAGAAAAACGUAUGAAGAAAUUGGAGGAUGAAAAGCGCUUGCUGGGUAUGAGCAGUACCGAUACGCCUCUAAACAUGGUCUCGGCCUUUCAAGAACGUCAGAAAGCUGCAGGGUCUGCUCACCUUGUGCUAGCUGUCGGAAACCGCAACACUGUUCCUUCUACUUUAACGUCUACCAUGGUUGGCGGUACCAUUUCGACGAUCGCAACAGGGGGGAGAUCAGGAACAACAUCGACCAGCAGUGCAGCGGCGCAUACGUCAACAUUUGCAGCUCCUAACCAUACAGUGCAGACAAACCUGUCAAUUUCAGGUGUACAUGCCCCGAAUCGUGAGAAAGUUGCUUUUGGUUUGAAGCGCAAGGCAGAUCCUGCACCCGGUGCAACGCAGGACGAAACGGUGACGAAAAAGAGUCGAAAUGACGCGUAGACUGACAUUAUUUGAAUUGAAGCAGGA